CCGAGUCUGAGGAAGAGGAAGGGGACUAGGACAACGAGCGACGGGCGGCGGAGGACGCGGAGGAGGAAGGGGAGGCCGACCAACAAGAUGGCCCCUGCUGCAGGAGCAGCCUCAGCAGCAGCAGGUGGGGGGCUGGAGGCGGCGCUGGCGGUGGCGGCUCCGGCCGUAGUCCCGCGGCCUGGGACAGAGUCAGAGUCGAUGGUGGCAGCGGCGGCGGAGGCGGCUGCCGCGACGGUGGCGACGGCCGCAGGGACCCGGAGCUGAGAGGAGCUGCUGCUCGGACCAGCGCGGUUAUAUUUCACACUAUGUGCUGACUGUAUCUACAGAAGAUAUUUAAAAAAAGAUAAACUUUUUUCCAAGAUUUUGAUUCCAGUGGAAUCUUUGCUUUAGAGAGAGAGAGAGAGAGAGAGAGAGAGAGAGAGAGAGCGUGAGAGCGAGAGAGAGUGUGUGUGUGUGUUAGUGAAUUGUAACUCCAGAAGCAAUGCCUGUACAAGCUCCACAAUGGACGGAUUUCCUUUCCUGCCCAAUUUGCACUCAGACUUUCGACGAAACAAUUCGAAAGCCCAUCAGUUUGGGCUGUGGCCAUACUGUCUGCAAAAUGUGCCUGAAUAAACUCCACCGUAAGGCUUGCCCCUUUGACCAGACCACUAUCAAUACAGACAUUGAGCUCCUUCCUGUGAACUCAGCAUUACUGCAGCUAGUAGGUGCUCAGAUCCCUGAGCAACAGCCCAUUACUUUGUGUAGUGGGGUUGAAGAUACAAAGCAUUAUGAGGAAGCCAAGAAAUGUGUAGAAGAAUUAGCAUUGUACCUGAAACCGCUCAGCAGUGCUAGAGGAGUGGGUCUGAACAGCACUACUCAGAGUGUUCUGAGUCGCCCAAUGCAGAGGAAGCUUGUGACUCUAGUCCACUGCCAGCUAGUGGAAGAAGAAGGCAGGAUCCGUGCUAUGAGGGCUGCUCGAUCUUUAGGUGAACGCACGGUUACAGAGCUCAUCCUCCAGCACCAAAAUCCUCAGCAACUCUCAUCUAAUCUCUGGGCAGCAGUCAGAGCUAGGGGCUGCCAGUUCCUUGGACCAGCAAUGCAGGAGGAAGCUCUAAAGCUUGUCUUGCUGGCUUUGGAAGAUGGUUCUGCUUUGUCACGGAAAGUAUUGGUUCUCUUUGUGGUGCAAAGACUGGAGCCUCGUUUUCCUCAAGCCUCGAAAACCAGCAUUGGACAUGUUGUUCAGCUCCUUUACAGAGCCUCCUGCUUCAAGGUCACCAAACGUGAUGAAGAUUCUUCUUUGAUGCAGCUGAAAGAGGAAUUUAGGACUUAUGAAGCUCUGCGACGAGAACACGACUCCCAGAUAGUGCAAAUUGCUAUGGAAGCAGGCUUAAGGAUUGCACCAGACCAGUGGUCCUCUUUGCUUUAUGGAGACCAGUCUCACAAAUCUCAUAUGCAAUCCAUUAUUGACAAGUUGCAGACCCCUGCCUCUUUUGCACAGAGUGUUCAGGAGCUAACUAUCGCUCUCCAGCGGACUGGAGACCCAGCAAACUUAAACCGACUAAGACCCCACUUGGAGCUACUAGCAAACAUUGACCCUAGUCCAGAUGCGCCUCCUCCAACAUGGGAACAGCUAGAAAAUGGCCUGGUUGCUGUACGUACGGUAGUACAUGGGCUGGUUGAUUAUAUUCAGAAUCACAGCAAAAAAGGAGCAGACCAACAGCAGCCUCCACAGCAUAGCAAAUACAAAACAUACAUGUGUCGAGAUAUGAAGCAGAGGGGAGGAUGCCCUCGUGGGGCCAGCUGUACAUUUGCACACUCACAAGAAGAACUGGAAAAAUUUCGUAAAAUGAACAAACGUCUGGUUCCCAGAAGACCUCUGAGUGCCUCUUUGGGUCAACUUAAUGAGGUGGGCCUGCCUUCAACACCUAUACUUCCCGAUGAAAGUGCAGUGGACUUGUCCAGCAGGAAACCUCCUGCACUACCAAAUGGAAUUGUAUCGACAGGGGGCACAGUGACACAGCUGAUUCCACGUGGGACAGACCCCAGCUAUGAUUCUAGUCUGAAGCCAGGGAAGCUGGACCACCUGAGCAGCAGUGCUCCUGGGUCCCCUCCUGACCUGCUGGAAUCUACCCCUAAGAGUAUUUCUGCCUUACCCGUGAAUCCACAUCCUGUACCUCCAAGGGGACCAACAGAUCUGCCUCCCAUGCCUGUUACCAAACCAAUUCAGAUGGUACCUCGAGGUUCUCAGUUGUAUCCACCACAACAAGCGGAUGUUUAUUAUCAGGAUCCUCGAGGAACUGCCCCAGCAUUUGAGCCAGCACCUUAUCAGCAGGGUAUGUACUAUCCACCACCACCAUGUGUGUCCCGCUUUGUACGACCUCCACCAUCUGCUCCUGAACCUGGUCCUCCAUACUUGGAUCACUAUCCUCCUUACCUCCAAGAUCGUGUCAUAAACUCUCAGUAUGGUACACAGCCACAACAGUACCCACCUAUGUACCCACCUCACUAUGAUGGCCGUCGUGUAUACCCUGCUCAGUCUUAUACAAGAGAGGAGAUUUUCCGGGAAAGCCCUAUACCCAUUGAGAUUCCAUCUGCAGCAGUACCAUCCUAUGUGCCCGAGUCCCGAGAACGAUACCAACAGGUAGAAGGUUAUUAUCCAGUGGCUCCUCAUCCAGCUCAGAUCAGACCUUCAUAUCCCAGGGAGCCUCCUUAUAGUCGACUUCCUCCUUCCCAACCCCAUCCUAGUCUGGAUGAGCUACAUCGUAGACGGAAGGAAAUAAUGGCCCAACUCGAGGAAAGAAAGGUUAUCUCUCCACCUCCUUUUGCGCCUUCACCAACAUUGCCUCCUGCAUUCCAUCAAGAGGAAUUUUUGGACGAAGAAUUCAAGGUAGCUGGGAAGUACAAAGCAAAUGAUUAUAGCCAAUAUUCUCCUUGGUCAUGUGAUACCAUCGGCUCCUACAUCGGAACCAAAGAUGCAAAACCCAAAGACGUGGCAGCAGGGAGCGUGGAAAUGAUGAAUGUAGACUGUAAAGGAAUGAGAGACCAGAGAUUGGAUCUUCAGAGAAGAGCAGUGGAAACUAGUGAUGAUGACCUCAUCCCAUUUGGAGAUCGACCAACAGUAUCUCGGUUUGGUGCCAUCUCUCGAACAUCCAAAACACUGUAUCAGGGUGCUGGCCCAAUGCAGGCCAUGGCACCACAGGGAGCACCCACAAAACCUAUUAGCAUUUCAGAUUACAGUCCAUAUGGAGCUCAUGGUGGCUGGGGGGAUUCUCCAUACUCACCUCAUCCAAACAUACCUCCUCAGGGACACUUCAUUGAGAGGGAAAAAAUGUCCAUGGCAGAAGUGGUCAGUCAUGGAAAGCCCCUUCUGUCUGCUGAAAGAGAACAAUUACGGCUAGAAUUGCAGCAAUUGAAUCACCAGAUCAGCCAGCAAACCCAGCUACGUGGACUAGAGGCUGUUAAUAACCGACUGGUGUUACAGAGGGAGGUGAACACCCUGGCAGGCCAGCCACAGCCCCCUCCACUGCCUCCAAAAUGGCCUGGAAUGAUCUCAAGUGAGCAGCUAAGCUUGGAAUUGCAUCAGGUGGAAAGAGAAAUUGGCAAGAGGACCCGGGAAUUGAGUAUGGAGAACCAGUGUUCUAUGGACAUGAAAAGUAAACUGAAUACAAGUAAGCAAGCAGAAAAUGGGCAGCCAGAACCACAAAACAAAGUCCCAGCUGAAGACCUUACAUUGACAUUCAGUGAUGUACCAAAUGGAUCAGCUUUGACACAAGAGAAUCUCAGCCUCCUAUCAAACAAGACCAGCUCUUUGAACCUGGCAGAAGAUCCUGAGGGAGGAGGAGAUAACAACGAUUCCCAGAGACCAGGAGUUACUUCCAGUUCUGCUCCCUAGAAUAUGGGUGCCCUGCUUCUACCUUCUAGUCCUUAUCAAUUUGUAGGACAUAGGGCCAGAAGAAUGGAUAACUUCUAAACUUUUUCUCUGAGUGCUCAGUGAAAUCCAGGAAAAACAGCAUCGGAGGCAAUGUGCACAAACACCACUACUAAACAAACCCUGCACAUAGUUCACAUUAAUGCAUUUUUUUUAAUUUAAAGAAAAAGAAAAUUAGCAGUAUCUGCAAGCAAUUCAGAUUAAAUUUGUUUUUGUUCUGUGAAUGAACUUUAUUUUAAUAACUUUGGACGCCUUGGAUCCAGGGCUUUAAAAAAAGAUAUUAUAUAUACACUCUGUUUGAUUAAUUGUCUGAUCUUAAUGAAGUAGGUUUUUCUUGUAUUUUGGUAUUAUUACAUACCCAGUGUAUAAUUCCUUUCUCCCAGUGCUUUCCAACUCACAACCCUGCAAACUGAAAGCACUGUUUCCAAGAAUUCUUCAUAUUAUAUUGGGUUAUUAGAAACUGUGCAGCAAACUCAUUUUAGUAUAGUUAUUCUUCAGCGCACCUAAACCCACCCUACCCUAUUCUGGAUCACUAGCUUUGUGACUUCUUUCUUACCACAUUAAAACUUUGUUUGAGUAGGGUAUGGUUUUAGUUUCAACUUUUCAGAGAUUUCAAUAGGUGGUUGAUUGUUAGAGCUACACAUUUUUAUGUUAAGGGUUCCUUGCAUUUCUCCAUAAAAUCUGAAAGCCUAUUUGGUGUUUACAUUGCUCAGUUAGACUUAAAUGAAGAGUACCUUAAGAAUGAACUCUAAACUGGACAUGGUGGCUCAUUCCCAUACUCCUAGGACUCCGUAUGCUCAGGCAGGAGAAAAUCAAAAUCGAAAGAAUUUGUUACUAAUGAAAACAGUUCCUAGUCUCCUGUGCUGAGCUCUCAUGUAAGAAAAUUGUAAUUGUGCUUACAAAUUAAACUUCUAUUGAAAUCCUAGAAUGCUCAAAAAAUCAGGACAAUGAACCAUGUUCUAAAACUUGGAGAGAUGGCUCAGCAGAAGAGCACUGACUGCUCUCCCAGAGGACCCAGGUUCUUCCCGUCACCAUAAGGUAGCUCACAACUGCCAGUAAGUCUGCUUCCAAGGAAUCUGACACUCUCUUCUGGCCUUGUGGCACUAGCACACAUGAGUGCAUGUGCACAAACACACACACACACACACACUACAUAAAAUAUUAAGAUCAAAAUAAAGCUUAACACUCGAUAUGAACUUAACUGGGGACACAUUAUUUCAAUGGAAUGCUUAUUUUUCCUCUCAAAAAAGAUUUGGCAAAUAAACUGAGCUUGAAGAUAGUUUAUGCAUUGAUUACUUGUGCUGCUCAUAGUUACUAGUAUAACUAAAUAACUUGGGUUUUUAGACUUGGCUUUCUGACAUUAAAAACUUUCAUGAUGACAUUAUGAAAGAGUAAGGAGGAUUUUUACCUAGUUCUGCUGCACAUAUUCUAAUGCUACCACUAUACGCUUAAUUUAUCAAGCCCCUGUAAAAUGAGUUCAUUGGGGGACUUUUAUAGAGUCACUCCAUUCCUCUGAUUGCCUGACAUCCUGUUUCCCUUUCUAGACAAUACUACUAAACAAGAAAGCACUGGUUAUGUAAUAAGUUACUGCAUUGCUUUGGUUGGGUAAAAGCAAAAGUUUAUAUUUUUCUUAUUUCUUAUAUUCCUACCCGUUAACUCCUGCUGAGGUCAGAGCUACCUCAGUCUACACUCUGUGUCUGUCAUAUUGUUAAUGGAAACAAGUGGGUGGGGGUGGGGUGGGAAGGGUAAAAUAGUCCUGCCAUUGCCUACCAGUAGGAAAUCCAAACAGAACACUCAUUUGAGUAGCGAUUAUUUAAUUUGCCCAGUCAAGGCACCGUGUUUAUAUACUAUUUCACAUUGAAUUUGAUUAUGCCCUACAGACCUGGCUGGUCAAGGAUUUGAUAUACACAUAUUGGCUUGGGAUUCGAGCUUUCUUUUUUAUUUAAAUAAAAAUUUAUAUAUAUUAUAUAUAUACAUAUAUACAUGGCUAUAUCUGUAUAUAUAUUGGGUAUGUUUUAAAGAUUUCUUCGCAUGAGCGCAGCUGUUGCAGUAAAGUGACUGAUUGGGAGUAGAAGCACUGAUUGACGGUGAGGCAUUUUCAGUUGACGCAUACGUUUUCCUUUUCAUUUUAAAUACACAUUUGUACAUUUGCUUUUUUGGUCCUUUUUUGUUUUUUAAGAUAAAACAUCUCUUACAGUUAUACUUUAAAUACUCAUUAUUUAUUGAGAGAAGGAAAGGAUGUUAUAUCUGACAGGAUUUUUAUUUUCUGCACAUCUACAAAAUGCUACCUUAUUGUCUUCUUGCCUAUAGUAGACAUAUUUGGGCAGAUCUUAUCUCCUUUGGCCAUGUCAGAUAAUUCCUAAGUCUUAGAAGCAGGUGGUUAGUUUUGGAAUUUCGAAUGACUAGAGGGGGAAAAUCUGCAUAUUGGUUUUGUUAGAGUUAAGAAUAAAAGUAAAUUUCCUUUGUGGUAUAUGUGGAACCCCCAACCCCCCAAUGCACUCUGUUGUGGUGCUCUUGGGUCCCUUCAGAUGCUAUUUAGGGAGAAAAUUAGUUUUGUAAAUGGUAUAUUAGUUGGUUGUUUUCCCUUACCAAUACUUAGGUGUGUUUUGUGUGUUGGGGGUGGAGGUUGUUUGUGCCCACUGCCAUAUUUAGGGACUCAAUAAAACCCCCAUAACUUUGAGGAUGUUUUCUCCCCUUAAUAAAUUUUGUGUUAUGAGGCAACAAUAAAUUGAAGCAUAUCUUCAUGACUCUUAACUGCUGUUUUUGUCAGAAUCUGAAAAGUAUUUAUUUUUGUGUCUUUAUAGACAUUAAAAAAUGAAACUCAUCAAAUAGAAAACAGAGCUUUACAGCAGCAUCACCCCUUUUUGAAACAGAGUUUUACCAUGUAGCCCAAACUGGUUCUGAAGUCUAGAACCCUCAGCUUCUUGAGUGAUGGAUUUCAGGCAUGUGCCCCCAUGCUCAGCAAUGUGUAUACUUUUUCACUUAAAUGGUUUCUUCUGAAGGUGACUAUUUGUUUCUCACUCUUUAAGAGCAAGAAUCAUCUAAGAUGUGUUAUUGUAGUGAAUAUAUAAAAGUACUAUGGCUCAUUCUGUUUUCAGUGAGUCUCUGGGAAAACGAUGAAGGAACUGAGAAUGAAAUGUCUAGACUUACUCUCCUAAUUGAUAGUCACAAGAUAAGUCUAAUAGCUGCCCUCUCCUGGAUAAUUUACAGAGUCUAAUGUGACCAAAGAGCUAUUCCUUACUACUUUUUUAAUUAGACAGAACUUGUAGCAUAGGUUUUUAGUUCAAGUGACAAGACACUAUUAUUGUCAAUUACAAAUACUCAACUACUCAGAAUGUGUAAGAACUCAUUUGGUAUGGCAUCAAUGUGGGUUAUUCCCUUCUCUCAUCUUCCUUCCCUUCUGUUUUUCCCCCCAUGUAUUUAUUCUUUUGCCUAAAAGAAGAUUGAUUCGGUUCUCACUUGCUACUUGGAUACAUGAUUCCACCAGACUCCCAUGAGCUUAAGUGUGGGAGCUUAAAAUUUAGUUCCUAAGUUUCCCAUGAUUGUCUUUUUUUUUUUUUUCUUCCUGACCCCUUGCCAUUCUGCAGUUUCCCCUUGACUUACCCAAUCUGUAACAGUGACAGUUUGCUGCCUCUAAACAGAGCAUUCAAAUGAAUUCGCUUAGCCAAUGACUUCUGUGAAGUUGCCUUUUCUAAUGGCGUUAUUACUCAGUGAUGCACAGAUGUGGUAUUUGCCCUACUGGCAGGCAAGCAAAGGUCUGGUAAAGAAUGAUAACCUGCUAUUUCUUUAAGGAGCGCCAAAGACUUGUGCUUUACUCUGUUUUGGUUUUAGGGGAAAUAGUAGCCAUUUUGAUUAUGAAACCUGGUAGUAUUUGUAAGUUGAUUGUACUGUGUAGAUGUCUAAAGUUAACUGUAAGGUUAGCUGGCCUUAUAAAAUGUAAUGAAAAUUCAUCAGUUUCUCUAAACCAGUUAAUAUCAUCCUUGACAAUAUUUGUUUAAGCAACUCACUCUCCCUUUUGGGGAUUAUACUGAUGUAAUAGAAUCUUCUGUGUUUCUCUGUAUUUUCACUUGUGCCUACAGGACAAUGUACUUUCACUAUGGUCAAGUUGUGGGGUUAGGGACUCUUCCUGAGCUUGAGGUUUGUAAGAAAUAAUUGACUGUAGUUAAUAUCUGUUCAGCUAUGUUCAGGGACAGCUUGCUUUCAUUAAAUGAAAUUCAUGUGCUGUUAUUUAUAUGUACAAAUGGUGAUAGAAUGAAAUUUUUCCCUAUUCUCCGUUUGGGCUUUUAAAAAUCAAGAGUUUAAUAUGUAAAAAUCUUUGUGUAAAAUCACCUGUAAUGAUUUAUCUUUUAUUAAAAGAUACAGCCUAAUUAGUUUUAAGGAGGAAUGAAUGACCUUGCAAAUAACCUGCAGUAUUACACUAUACACUCUUGCCCCAUAAAAUGUUCAAGUGUGUUAAAAUCUUAAUUGUUAAUACCUUUAUAGUGUUGUAAAGGGACCUUAUCCCCUGAAAAUGGAGCUCAGAUUAACCAACUUCAUUGAGACAAUGCACUCUCCACCAUAGAGUUAAACACGCAGUCUACUACUGUGACCUUUUUAUCUGCAUGCUUGUUUUGCAGAAACACAUCCAUGUCUACCUUGGACAGCUAAGGCUUUUAUAUUUAUUUCAUAAGCUCAGCUUUUUAAAACUGCUGAAAUGACUUGCUGGGAGUUUGUUGGUAAAUUUUAAGUUUUCAAUCAACUCUUCUGAACCACUUCAGAGAAAGCUUUUUUUUUUUUCAAAAGGUAUAAUUUUAAAUAAAACCUUUUUGUUACUUGAAAUUUUAAGAUUCUAUUUCUGUAAUAGAUAAAGGUGUUUUCAUAAGUGACAUUCUAAUUGAUUAAUAAUGCUAGUUACAUUAAUAAAGAAGAGGAAACUGCCACCCCCAGGAGUAAGUACCACCUUCUUCUAAUAGGUAUGUUCUCAGUAGGUGGGUUUUCAAUGCUACACUGAAUAAGCUGGGUAAAGAAAGAACCUUUGGAACCCCAUUAUGAUAAAGGGACUUCCCUUAGGACUGAGAUAGUUCUUAGAGUUUCUGAAUUCUAGACACUGAAUUUCCCUGAACUUAACCUUGAGCAAAAUAACUAAGUUGUAACACAACCUUAAGACAAUACUGUGUCAAAAAAAAUAUGUAUUUAGAAAAAUGAAAUCCUGUGGAGUAUGUUAACCUGAUGUAUGUUAUUUAGUAGAUAAGAUGACUUCAUUUUGUAUGGAAGACUCACUUUCUGGUGACUCUUCGUUUGGUUUUGAGUUUUGUCUUUAACGCUAAGUAGGCAGAUCACAAGUCUUUGGCUCCAUGUUAGGUUGUGCACUCAGAGUCAUCUUAGAACUGGAAACUGCCAGGUGGUCCCACUCUAAGGAGGGCAUGAAAGGUCAAGAAAUGGAAGCAAACAAACACUGGGUGGAUAAUGGUCUGGGUUUUUUGUCUGUUUUUGGUCUCCUUUUUCAGUUGUCAUUUCUAUAAUUUAUUGGUGUAGCCUGUCUCUGGCAUUUCACAGUAAUAUCCAAACCACGCCCAUCACAUUUUAUUUCAUUAUUUACAUGCCUUUAAAGCUUUUGGUUUUCAGCUCUGCAUCUCCUGUUUAGCUAAGACAGUCCUGAGAGAUUUUCGCCCGUGUGUGUUUUUGCCUAACUUUCCACUCACCUUUGUUUUCCCACCUUCUGGAUGUAAAAGAACUGAAAGAAAAAAAUGUAUUAACUGCUCAUGGGCCUUAGUAUCUUCCUUUGUAAUGAAUCUGUGACUUUCCAGGAGUCAUGCAGAAAGUGAACUGAGGUUAUGAACAAACCUUUCACCCACCUAAACAUUUUCCAGUUGUGAGGUUCCUCUUGGUGCGUGGUCUUUCCCUUCUACCCCUGCUGCCCUUCCCUGAAAUGGUUAAUUGAUCUCUUGGCUCAUGCCAGUCUCCUGAGAUAUUCUGCAGUCAUUAUCACCUUUUUGGGUGGAUUUUACUUCCUUAUUUUGUUUGUUUUUAAAAAAUAACUUUAACAUUGAUUCAUAUUUGCUUGGGAUAGAGCUUGUGUAAUUUACCAAUCGUAUUGAUUGUAUGUGAUUGUGCCCUGCAGAGGUAUACUUAACUGAAACAAUCUAAGCUAAUAGAGGAGCCCAUGAGAUUUGAGUCAGAAUAGACGAGACUUUAUGAGGUUGCAGUUUUGGAGAGUGGAAUGGUACGUGGAUUACCAUUUUAAGUCUUCUCACGCUCCUGUGUGCUCUUGUUGCCUCACCUCCCCAUUCUUUUCCUGUCACUCUCUACCCACCUGCUCUCAAUUUUUCCUAGUUGAGCCUUAAAGUAACAACUGACUUUUAAAUUAGUGGAUUUUAUGACAUUUUACAUUUUCCAAAUGUUUCCAAUUGAAAACAAAAGAGGGGUUGAAAUUCACCAACCCAGGACUAACGUCUUAGCUUCUGGCCAAUGCUGUGAUUUUAUUUGGAGGCAUUAUCUUCUGCAAGUUUGUUUUGAAUAGGAAAAAAAGAACUUUGCUUGAAAUGGAACAUUCCCUUCCUUGUUUAAUCUGUUUAAUUUUUGUUUUUGUUUUUCGAGACAGGGUUUCUUUGUAUUGUUUUUGAGGCUAUCCUGGAACUCGCUCUAUAGACCAGACCAGGCUAGCCUCGAACUCACAGAGAUCUGCCUGCCUCUGCCUCCCAAGUGCUGGAACUAAAGGCGUGCGCCACCAACGCCCGACUAAUAUUUGCAUUUUUUUUUUAAAAACCAGCCUUCAAAACAAAUGAAGUGGAAGAAAAGAAGUAGAAAUAUGUUUAGAGUCACUGAGUUCUGGAUCUGAAUGAGUAUUCCACUUGUUGCAUAUUUUUGAGAAGAUUAAGGCCUUUCUCAAUUUUGUAUUAUUUGUGUGCAUGUUGUUUAUAUAAAGAUGCCACAUUUUGUUAAAAUGCCAUUUCCUUUAUUACCUUGGAAACUGACUCAGCCUCUUGUUGCUCCUAAUUAGGGUUUAAGGCUCUUAUGAGUUGCAGAUAAAAGGAUUCAUUUUAACAAAAAGAAGGAGGUGAUUCACCUUUUGGAUUGUAAAUACAUGAAAUGUCUACAAGGUCUUUAUCUGCUUUUUGUCAGCAUUUAUAUUAAAUGAUAAAUUAAUGCGGAGGAACAAUGUGUAGUCUUUUUCUUGUAAAGGAGCCUGUCAUUUCAUUCUCAUCUUGGGGAUUGUUGAUGAAAAAAAAUGUUUUUAUUUGCUUUUGUUUUGCUUUUCAAGACAGGGUUUCUCUGUAUUUUUUGGAGGCUGUCCUAGAACUCACUCUGUAGACUAGGCUGGCUUAGUUUUACUAAGAAUGAUUAGAAAUACAUCUCUUGUACUAAUAUUUUUGGUAACAUUUGAAACAAUAAAUUUUCAUCUAGUACAUUUAA